GUUAGACCAACGUCUCUCUCUCUCUCUCUCUCUCUCUCUCUCUCUCUCUCUCUCUCUCUCUCUCUCCUCAAUCAUUUAUACAAUUUCCCGGCGAUUUCAUACCCAAGAAUAAAAUCCCGGUUUCUGUUCUCUGCUUCUGAUUCUCUGAAAUAACUCGCUAAUUCAAACCCAUUCCGUCUUUUUUGAAUUCAUUGCAAACAGAGAAUUACAGAGCAACCUUCUCUUCAAGGACUUCACAUAACAACACAGAAAGCGAAGCAGAGAAACUUUGUGGACAGAAAGUUUUUCAGAGAUAGAGUUUAUAAUUGAAAAGCGUAGUGGAGAUAGAAAGAGGGGAGCUGAUUGAUGACAAUGGCGCCACCCGAUAGAUCAAAACGACUUCACAACUUCACUUUGCCGUGCUUGAAAUGGGGUCACCAGAGACACCUCAGGUGCGUCAAUCUCCAACCUUCUUCUUCUUCGUCGCCUGAUCGCUCGCUUCCUAAUGGGUUCCAAUCCAAACCCGUCAAUCUCGACGCCACACAGAGCUCGAAAUCGAGUCCCAAUUUCGAUGCUUGGAAAGAAACCAGCAAGGAUAUUGAAAUGGGUGAGAGGAAAAAGCUUCGUUUUGAUCUAAGGUUCGAGGAGAAGAAAGUGAAAGACUCGUUUCUUGGAGGAGAAGAAGAAGGAAGAGAUGAAAGUAUCCCACUCAGACCGUGGAAUUUGAGGACGAGAAGAGCUGCGUGUAAUGAGCCGAGAGAGGAAACUAAGCUUGAUUCUCCCGGGAGAGACGAUUGCGCCACUGUAGUUGCUAAAGAUGACGGAGAGAAGAAGGAGAGAGUGAAGUUUGCCGUUUCGCUUUUGAGAGAGGAAAUUGUGGAGGACUUUCUGGCGAUGACCGGAAAAAGGCCGCCCAGGAGACCUAAGAAGAGGGCUAGGGUUGUGCAGAAGCAAGUGAUUUCAGUUUUCCCGGGAUUGUGGCUGACUGAAAUUACUGAAGAUUUAUAUAAAGUUUCCGAUCUUCCUGAAUCAUGAAAGGGUAGAAGAUGAGACCAAAGCUGGUAUCUUUGAUGCUUCAAAGCUAUCUGUCUGAUGACUGAUUGUACAUUGUGGUCUAAGGAAUGGUAAUUAGCACGCAGACAAAGUGAUAUAAGUUGGAGAAGCAGUGAAAAUGUAAUUUCCUUAACACUUGCUUCCCUACUAAUUCUGUGAGUCUCAAUUGACUUUGAGUUCGAUAUAUUUGUUUUUCAAUAAUCCUCUAAUUACUUAUUUUGAAUUUUAUUGCGUAUUCUGAAAUUCAUCAAAGAUAAUUUCAGUUUUACGGAAUGAAAAUGAAAAUGCUCAUGUAUUUUAAUAUUUAUGUGAAAGUCACAGUUCUUUCUUGAUAUAUCUGUAGGACUUUCACAAGUGCUGUUGUAAUGUAUAUAAGAUGGACUUUUUCAGGUAUAUGGAUGUCUCCUUUGAAACUUAACUAGUGGAUCUUUUAUUUGGAGAAUAAAUUCCAUUGGUGCUGCUUGCUUUUCUUAGUUGAACUGUGGGCAGAAAGUUUUUUCUUUUCUUUCUGGUAGCACCCUGAUUUUGAAAUCUAGGAAAGAAGAUGCAUUUGUAGCGUAGACUAUAUCUGUGUUAAUGUUCAUUUUCACUUACAGCAGUUGAGACAAUGAGCCAUGCCAUCAAUCUGCAGUCCCCAUUUUGCUUUUGCUUCUCUGCUUUAUAUGUAUGACUGGAAUUGGCUCAGGGUCGUGUGAUUCAAAUUGUAAUAUCAUCUUCUUGAUGCUUUAUAUAGCAAGAGAAUGAAUAUAGAGAGAUUUAGCUCUAACCUAUCUUGUCCUAUUGACUAAUUUCUUUUUCCUUUAUGGGGAACUUGCCGAUUAUAAGAGGACACACCAAGGGGAUGGUAGUGGGAUUUUGAGUUCCCAAAAGCAUUAUGUCAAUUGAGCCAAGUGUGUCAGGCAAUGAACUAGUUGAGAUUAAGGGUAAUUCUCUUAUAACUCAUUUGAAAGUAAUUACAUAAUCCAAUAGAAAUUUAGAAAGCUGUCUCUAUUAUUUGCUCAUUGAUCUAUAUUUUCCAGUAUAAUGCCAUUUUAUGAAGAGUUGUAAUUGUUCUGAAUCAAAUGGGAUAAAGGAAAGGUCUUUAUGGAAAUUGCUUUAAGUGAUAAAUAUGGGGCAAGUCAGCACUUGCCAUGUAUUGUUGGCAUGCUUUUACGGCUCGGAUUGGAGCUGAGGCCUGAGAAAAGAAUAUAAACAGAUAGGCCUGAUUAGAAUUCUCAAAGAGUGGUUUUAGCAUGCAGUUUUUCAGUGGUCAACUAAACUUUCUCGAGGAAUAAGCUGCCAUCUUGGUUCUUGUAUAGAACUAGAUUGGCGAUCAUUGUGUCUUUGGCAUUUUAUGCUGCAAUGCUUAGAAAGAGCAUCUACCAAGUACCCUCAUAGUUCUUCUACAAAGGUAACAGCUACUGGGAAGCACAGAUUUGGUACUAUAUAAAGACUCUGUAAUGUGGGAAUGAUGUUCUGUGGUAAUUUCUCUUUCUCAGGGAGCACAGAGUAUUUAAUUCGCUCUUAAUUCUGAGAGGAAAUGAUGCUUCAAGGAA